GUACUCUUCUCCUCCCACUCUAGAGAGAUCUUUCUCACCUUUAUCCGCCACGACGUCUUUUCGUCUCUUCUGUCAUCCGCAUACUGCAGCAUCUGGCAUCUGCAGUUGCAAGCACUACAUGCUUAAUCACGGCGGCAUUUCCUAUUUAUUCUACACAAGUUAGACUGCUGUCUUGCCGCUUGGCGCUACAGCGUUGUGGAAAGUUCUUUCGCUACUCUGUGACCGUAGAGGCCAGAGCUGGAAUAUCGAUCAUUAUCCCCCACCGAUACCCUGGUUUCGCCGAUACCUAGGGCUGAAUUAUCCAUGAUAGCAUAUUUGGCUUCAUGGUCUCCAUCACCCCCUCUGCACUAAGGCCUUUGGCCACUGUGCCUCCGCCUGUUGCAAAGAUUGUCCCUCCGCGACCCGGGCUCGCUGGGAAGAUUCGAAAACGAGAUGAGACGGAAGACAUGGAUUUGAAUGGCGAAUUUGCUGCCCCUAACCCGAUAAAGCGAUCCAAGGUCGCAUUCGAUCCGGAUGUUGAAGUUCGGGUUCUGGGGGCUGAAUGGGAAAAGGGCCUUGAGCUGGUCCGUGAGGAAGUUCGUCGGGCGCUAGAGCGUCAUGCAGUGGGCGACUCUUCGGAAUAUGAUCGAGUCAAGGAGAUAUUCACCACCGCCAGGUUAUCCGCGGGAGAUGAUGCACCGUCGCCAACGACUGUGAAGAAUUAUACAAUUGCUCUCCUAGGCAACGUUUCACAUCUGAACAGAACUUGUUCCGGUUUGGUGCAUGCAGCCUUGGGCUGCGACUGGUUAGGACGAGACGAGUCGUAUUUGGCAAUCUACGUUCGUUUUCUGGGCAAUCUGGCAUCGGCACACGGCAGCUAUGUUCGGCCAAUCCUGGCUAUGCUUGUUGAUUCUCUUGGUCAUGUCUCGCCCAGAUCUGGUUCCCUGCCUGGUUAUCCUGUCGUGCGAAAGCCUCAGCUCUACACACGGGCUCACAUGGUGCUGAAGUACUUACUUCGGCUUAUUCCCUCGGCCAGUGGUGCUCUGUCUCCGAUCCUGUCUGCUGCCUUCCCUCAUUCCUCCGACUCCAAGGUCGCUCAUGUCAACUAUGUACGAAAUUUGCUCAGACUCAUCGGCUACACCCCAGAACUACAGUCAGAGGUUCUUGCUCUGAUCACUGAGCGACUUGUCAAAAUUGACGUGCAAGUUCAGGUCGACAUGCAGGAUCUCGAGGAAGACAUCGAAGAAGGCCUAGUUGAUGAUGUCGUCGCUCGGCGUGAGCGUGGUCUCCUCGAGGAGGAGGAGGAUGACGAGGACGACUCUGAGGAUGAGGACGACGCCAGCUCUGUCUCUAGCGAAGAGAGCCUGACAGACGAAGAGCAGCGCAUCAAGGAUCUCAAGGAGAAUGUCGAGAAGAUGGACUCCAUUCUGGACAUGCUCUUCUCAUAUUACACUCCAUUUUUCUCCGGCGCACCCGAGGAUAGCGAUGAGACCUUUGGACUCCUCUUGAAUCACUUCACGACCAUCAUUCUGCCCACCUAUCGAUCCAGGCAUACUCAAUUCUUACUUUUCAACUUUGCGCAGUCUUCGCCACUUCUCAUUGACCAAUUUGCGGGCGUCUGUAUGCACUUGAUCUUUGACAAAGGCCGGCCCGCGGUCUUCAAACAAUCCGCCGCAGCCUACCUGGCGAGCUUUAUCGCCAGAGGCGCCUAUGUGUCUCCGCAGGUGGUACGGGACGUCUUUGACAUACUCGGUGCCCACCUGGACUCUUUCCGUAUCGAAUAUGAAGGCAGCUGUCGCGGCCCUGACCUUCGACGGUACGGCACCUUUUAUGCCAUGGUCCAGUCACUACUCUACAUCUUCUGUUUCCGAUGGAGGGACCUUGUCGCCAAUGCGGACGAUUAUGUCGACGAUGAUGACUUUGUCGACUUUGAAGGACGUGACAUUAUCUGGGCACCUGGCGUCAAGGAGGUCUUUGCUCGCGCCGUUUACUCGAAGUUUAACCCGCUUAAGGUCUGCUCGCCUCCGAUUGUCAACGAAUUCGCUCGCAUCGCCAACCACUUGCGAUUCAUGUAUGUAUUCUCCUUGUUGGAGACCAACAAACGCAUCAUGCUGGCCAACCACGCGGACUCUUCGGCAUCUGGAGCUUCGUACAAUCAGCCUACACGCGAAACCGCGCUGUCGGCAAGACGGGAUGACAGCCACCACCAGCUGGACGCCUAUUUUCCAUUUGACCCGUACAACCUGCCCCGCAGCAAGCGUUGGGUAGUUGACAAUUACAUUGAAUGGCAAGGUGUGCCCGGUCUUGACGAUGGGCUGGACGACUGCGAUUCUGAAAGCGAGGAAGAAGUGGACGAAGAAGAAGUUGAGGAGCAUGACACUCAAACAGACUCUGCGAGCGAGUACUAGCUGUUUUUGUGUACAAUGCUCUCGAUGUUUUAAAAUUUUUUUUCUCUCUUCCAGCUGGAUAUCCUGGAUUGAAUUUCUACUGUGCUGCUUUCUAGCGAGGCGUUGGUGUUCUUUUUCGACCUGGUGUUUGGGUCUCUUUUGCUUAUUCGCUUCUCACACCUUCUCAUGCUCAGUCAGGAUAAAGUUGCUCUGCAUUGCAUCUUUCUGGCUAGGACGGCAUAGCAUGGCGUUGAAUGUUUUCAUACUGCAUGGCACCCUUAAAAGUUGCUACAGCACGAAGGAAAAAGUUUGCCUGGUGUUUGGAAAGGCAAAAGAAAAGUUUAAUGUUUCUGUCACAUGAGCUCGCUCCUUUGCCUUGCUCUAAUUGUCACGGCUUUUUGUUUACCCAUUGCUUUCAUCUACAUCGAUCUACGUACUCUUCUGGAUUUAAGAACUCUACUUCUCGGGUAGAUAAUCGACCAUA